GCACUGAGCAACCAUUUUACACCACACUGUAUUGUUUAUCACAAUAGAGCAUGUUAUUUAAUAGGUGACAUACAUGCAAAUCACACAAUUGCUGGUACUUCAAAUAAUGAUAUAGUGCUCUUCAAGCCUAACAUUAUUGCACAUUCAAUAUUCCAGCUGUCUUUCGCUGCAACAACAACCUGUUUUAGAUGAUGAGAAAAAUAUCCCAACUUCUUCCGAAUGGUCACCUCAGACAACACAGUCACUGUUGUGAAGAUCCUACAGAACUACAGGUGGAGACGUGUAGGGAUGCUGACCCAGGAUGUACAGAGGAUCUCAGAGAUAAGGAGUGAUCUGGCUAAACAACUGAGCAAGGCUGAUGUUAUGGUUGCUGUAACUGAAAGCCUGUCCACUGACCCAUGUGUCAAUGUAAAGAUAUUGAAGGAUAUGGAUGUAAGGAUCAUUAUUGGGUUGUUUGACGAGAAUUCAGCCUCCAAAGUGUUUUGCUGUGCUUACAGCCUGAACAUGUUUGGUGGGAGGUAUCAGUGGAUCCUCCCUGGCGGUUACCAGGGGAGCUGGUGGGAGGAGYCCAACUCCUCCCACUGUGCUUCAAACAACCUGCUGACCGCAAUGGAAGGCUACAUCACUGUGGACUUCACACACCUCAGUAACAGACAGAUAAAAGGCAUCUCAGGAAGGACCCCACAAGAGUAUGACGAGACUUACAACAGAGAGCUGCUGCAGAGAGGGUUGGUUGCCAGCAAGUUCCAUGGGUUUGCCUAUGAUGGAGUUUGGGUGAUGGUGAAAGCAUUGACCAGGGUCAUUGAGUCUGUAAGACACAGAGAGAGAUAUGACAUCCACCGGAACUUCACAGUCAGCAACAAGGAGAUUGGACAAAUGGUCCUGGAUUCCAUGAAGGAGAUUUGCUUUGAGGGUGUAACUGGUCAAGUUCUGUUCAGAAAUGGUGAACGCAUGGGAACUAUUAAAUUAAUUCAAUUUCAAGAGGGCCGGGAGGUUAAGAUAGGCCAGUAUAAUGCAGAAGAAUUAGAACUCAUCAACCACUUAAUCAAGUUUCAAGGCAUGGAGCCGCCUAAAGACCGGACAGUCCCAGCCUGGGAUGUCAGUGUUCCCCUCUACAUCAUCUUGUUAUCCACCACUGGCCUGGCCAUGCUCAUGCACUCCUUCCUCUUCUUCCACAUCAAGCAUCACAACCAUUGGGUCAUGAAGAAGUCCAGUCCGUCCAUGAACUACCUCAUUACUGGUACAGUGCUGGCCUGUACCUCCGUCUUCCUCUAUGGGCUGGAUGGAUCCCUUGUGUUUGUUACGCUUUGCCCUAUUCGCACAUGGACUCUUUCUGUAGGAUACACCACAACUUUUGGGACAUUGUUUGCACAAACUUGGAGGCUCUGGACAAUUGUCAAAAAUAAGGAGAUCAUUGAAAAGAUUAAUAAGGAUGACCAACUAUGGAUAAUUGUCGGGGGAAUGCUGCUAAUCGAUCUGUGUCUGUUAACCUGCUGGCAGAUGGUGGAUCCACUCAGRCGAACAGUGGAAGAGUUCAGCCUAGAGCACUGUGAAAGUACAAACAUGACUAAAUGGCUCGCCAUUGUAUAUGGCUACAAAGGGCUUCUAAUGUUUCUUGGAUGUUUCCUGGCCUUGAGAACAAGGCAUGCACAUAUCCAUCUCCUCGAUGACAGCAAGUACACAAGGCUGAGCAUGUACCACGUGACCAUCAUGUCUAUCAUUGGAGCAUCAGGGUGCUUCCUGACCCAGUAUAACCCUAAUGUGCAGCUCUUCAUGGCUUUGGUGGUCAUCUCCUGCUGUACCUGCACCCUGUGUCUGGUGUUCCUGCCCAAGCUUGUAAAAAUCAGAGACAAUCCCAACCAAGUGGAUCCAACUAGCUGGUUACAAUGUGAUCUUAACAAGGAGGAUUCUGAGACCUCCAGUUCCUCUAGCAGUCUCAAUCAGGGCAGAUCUCUUGAAAGCCUGCGGACUGAAAACCAGCAGCUCCGGAGGAGAAUCACAGAGAUUGGUGACCAGUUGGAGGAUGUCGCCAUGCAAGUACUAGAGGAAGAGCUGAGUCCUCCCAGUCGACAGGGCCAUGAAGUGACACUGAGAGCCCAGGUGUGCUCUGAGGAUGUGCCCAGGAUGAACAGGGAACACUUUGAUGACAUCAACUCACCUGAACAAGUCCAACGAAGACUUUCCGUGCAGCUGCCAAUUCUUCACCACGCCUACAUGCCAGCCAUUAGGGGAAUGACUGACAGCUGUUCCAGCCUUCUGAGAAGUCCCGAUGUCCCCAGUGCCCAACAGAGACAGAUGCCACCAUCGCAUCGGGUCAUGGUCACCGGGCUGUGACUGUAUUUCCCUCUACAGUGAGUGACAAUACGCUGGAAAAAUUACAAUAUUCAUUGAACUGCUCUGGUUCGACUGGCAGCUGGAAGUCAAAUGACCUUCCUUUACCUUGACUGCCAUAGCGUCAUUCACAUCUGAAGUCAUGUUCGCGUCCAGACAAGUUCUAGAUACAUGUGGUGCUGACAAAAGUUUUGUGUGGUAAAUUACAAUAGCUGCUUUCUUUAUGGAUUUUUAGUUGAUUGAUUGCAGUGCAACUCAUAGAAUGGUCUCCUGAUGGAAAAACAAUAAAACAUGUUGUCCGUUCCCCGUUUCCCAACAUGGGAGUAUCCUGUAUUGCAGCAGGAUACUGGCAUGACUGUAUUUGCACUCUUGGUAACUGCUCUGUGCUGUGGUAUUGCUCUCUGGUACUGCUCUGUCAUGUUGUCUCUGGGAAUUUCCUGGUUUGCUAAAGCCAAGGAUGAACUUUAAACUGUGUUCCAAGGCAGAAGUUAACCAUUUACAGCAGUCAAAUAAAUAAUUGAUUGUCUUUCAAGACAUUGCCUCUGUCCUGGAGAAAACAACAUCUUGGCUAUGUCUAAGCAAAAACAAGUUUAUGUUAUCAGUCUUUCAAAGAUGAUGAAUAAUCGCUUUGAGAGUAUAACCUUUAAAUGUGCAUAUUUGUAAAAUAAAAAAUAAAAAAAUCUAUAUAUAAGAAAAGGUGCUACAACUAUUUUGCAAUCCACUGUUGUGUGCCAGACAGUACUUUCUAUUUGACGAGAAUGUGCUGCAAUAACAAAAAAGGGAGGAGUGUCUCAACUUGGGGUUUAUAAAAAGGUAAAUUAUCUCACUGCACAAGUGUAUUAGGUAUCCACAACAUCCUUGGGAAAAGGAUCCUGCUAUGUCUCCAUCAGAACCGCAUUCAUCCUGCCAGCUCUUCUGGCCUUUUGGUUGGA